AAUUCUGCAUUUUGGUUAAGCCAUAGAUAACAUAUAUAGUAGCUGUCUAACCAAGCUUGCAAACUAUUGACUUAGCCCUUUGCCUUUCAAUCUUGUAAUUGCACGGUUAAAAUGAUAGAACAUGUUUGCUAGAGGACCAUGAUAGCCCUCAUAAAUUGGAACAAUCUUGCACACGUCUCUCUUAUGUACUUUAUUAAUUAAUAGAUCCUUGUAGGCAUUUGCAAUGGAUGUGCUUGUGCUUCAAUUUUUGCAAGUUUCAAAAUAAAAUUGCAAGGGAUGGAGUGAUAAGAUGACAUAGAUCUAGUUAGAGGUGUGCAUACCUUCCCUGCUGGUGCCUCAUAAGUCUAACUUGCAUCUCCUUCUCUCUCUCUGAAGGUUGGUAGUUUUAUUCCACAUUAUGGGAUACUUAUUCCACCAUCAACCCCUCCACUCGGGGAUUAGAUAAUCCUGUUAUAGCAGGAUUAUAAUCCACGUCAUACAUUCUGUCCUGUCUGAUGCAUAGUAUUGGAAUCCAAAUUGGAUUGUCUUUAUACUAUUGAUGGUGCAACCAUUGCAUGGCUAGAGAAAAAAAAUACCCUCUUUGGAAGCAUAAGAUUAAGGCAAAGCUCAAGAAGGGGGUGGUUAAUAAAGUUAUUAAUAUUUUUUUUUGUUUUUUGUUUUUUUGUUUUUCUAGAUUCAAGGGUAUUUAUGUACUUUUGUAACUGUUGGUCCUAGGUCUUACUUUGAGUUUUAUUUUAUUAAUAGAUAAGUUUUAUUUAUUUUAUAAGCUUUUAUGUGUCUCUUUUGGUCCAAUUCAAUUAGAGGUUUGUUUACUAGUUAAAUUAGGAAUCCUAUUAAUACUGGUACAAGAAAAAGUCCUUAAAUAUUUGUGCUCAAUGUCAAAUAAUAGAUAGAGUUGAGUAUUUGGUUGUGAAAGGCAUGAGUGCCAUAGUGUGAUCUUUCUCAUCCUUAUCUCCUUUAUACUCUUGUUUCUUUAUCUCUUUCUUGGGUAUUGUUCACAAAUACUAUUCAUACAGCCUAUGAACACCCUUUGAUUCCUAAAUCACUAUCCAAAAUUUUCUAGAAAUGUUUGCUUCAAAUUCUUGCCCUCUUUCCCUAUCUGGAUUUUUUUUCUUCAAAAUAACACUAAAACUCAAACAAUUUCAUUAGUUAGCAUGUUUUAAAAACUAUUUAGCAAAAUAACAUCUCGAGUGUAUGGGACUCGAUUUUGUUGUGCUAAAUCGAGUAUAAAGAACUCGAGUACCAUGGAACUCGAGCUUCAAAGACUCGACUUCCAAGAAACCCAAACAAAAACACAAAGAAGAAGAACAAACCAGAAGACGAAGAAGAAACCCAAACAGAAACACGAAGAAACAACAAGCCAUAAAGAAGGAACAAACUGGAGAGAUCAAACCCAAACAGAAACCACGAAGAAGGUGUCCACAAACCCAGAUCUCGCUAACCCAAACCGUAGGCAGCGACGGCCGAAGGUUCCAGAGGCAGUGGCAGCGAAGCUCAAAGCGAAGCACUUCUGGGUUGCAAUUUCUAUGGUCUUCUUUAUUGCCGCAACAACAUUCACUCUUCUAAAGAUAUGUGGUGACGUAGCUGCUCUAGGCUGGUGGGACUUAUUUAUAAACUUUGGUAUAGCAGAGUGCUUUGCCUUUCUUGUUUGCACAAAGUGGUAUAAUCCAGCUAUUCAUAGGCAGUCUCAGAUUAGAGAAUCUUGUUCAUCUUCAAUGACUUUUAGAUAUGUUGACUGGAAUAGAGGCUUAGUGGUUUCUUCAGAUGAAGACCAGCACCAAAGUGGGAUGUGCAACCUGCAGGACAUUGGUGGACAUGUAAUGAAAGUUCCUUUUAUCGGUUUCCAGAUCCUACUUUUUAUGCGCUUAGAGGGAACACCAUCUGGUGCUAGGCAUAUGUCAUUUCCAGUCCUUUUUGCUCCUCUUUUUUUGUUGCAAGGAGCUGGGGUCUUAUUUGCUGCAUAUAGAUUGGUGGAGAAAAUUGUUCUUCUACUGCAUAGUGAAGUUGGCUCUGGGACAUAUAUUGCUCUAGCAUCAAAAGCUUUUGAUUUUUUUGGGUUUUUGCAUCGUGGAUCAAGGUUGCUAGGUUGGUGGUCAAUUGAUGAAGGAAGUCGAGAGGAACAGGCUAGACUUUAUAGUGCUGGGGAUUCUGGGUAUAACACUUUUGCACCUGAUAUUGUGAAGAAAAUGCCUAAAUCAGAUCUUGUUGAGGAGAUCUGGAGAUUACAAGCUGCACUUAGUGAGCAAACAGAGAUUACAAAGUUCAGCCAGCAGGAGUAUGAAAGGCUUCAAAAUGAAAAGAUCCUAUGUAGAGUAUGCUUUGAAGAACAGAUUGAUGUAGUCCUUCUCCCAUGCAGGCAUCACAUCCUUUGCAGUACUUGCUGUGAGAAGUGUAAAAAGUGCCCUAUCUGCCGUGUCUCAAUACAAAAGCGAUUGCCUGUAUAUGAUGUGUAGUUUCAAGUUUCAACUCAGACAAAAACAAGGCCAGGAGUAAGGCUUCCUCCAAAACCCUUAAAUUUUGUUGCUUGUGAUUUUUAAUUAAGCAAGCACUGAGAAGCUGGCAAAUGUGAUUAUUUUUGUCAUUUCUUGCGAGUGUAAUAUAUAAUGUCAAGAACUAUAUAUAUAUAUAUACACACACACACACACAGGUUUGUAGUGCACAAUAUAUGAAUGCACUGCUGUUGUGGAAGUCUUGACAAUAUUCUUUGCUUUCUUUUUUUUGGACGGAAAAACAAGAUCCAUAAAACAGAAAUGGAUACUAAUCAUACUAUAUCAUGGGUUUGUUCAUAUUAAAAGGGAAUAAAUAAAUAACACAAUUUUGGGCUAGAGCUUGUCAACUUUAGUCCACCA